AUGUCCGAAUCGAAAGCCGCUGACCUGCUGCAAUAUGCGCAGGAAUAUGCCUCCAAAGAUGAAGACCUUUACGAUCUUCUUGGCGUCGAUGCCCUCACACCCAAGGAAGAAAUUCACCGCGCCUGGCGAAAGCGUUCACUAAAGUACCAUCCCGACAAGGCAGGCGACAAAUUCGAUCCGGAGAUAUGGCAAAAGUUUGAGCGCGCCCGCGACAUCCUGUCCGAUCCUGGAGCGCGCGGCGCCUACGACGGUCUCAUCAAGGCUGCACUGCUAAGAAAACAAGAGCGCGAGACUAUGGAUAAGCAGCGCAAAGCUUUUGUCGACGAUCUCGAGGCGCGCGAAAACGCUUGGAAGUUUCAGAAAGAGGAGAAGGAGCAGCGGGAGAAGGAUGAAAUGGACAAGGAAAGGGCUCGGUUGAUCGAACAGAAGCGCAUGCGCGAGGAGGAGGAAAGGCGUCAGGCUGCUGCUGCGCAGGAGGUCGAAGAUCUUGCCGAGGCGAAACGACGUCUCAAAGAAAAGAAGGAGAAGAAGAAACAGGAUGAGGCGAGGGAGAAGUUUCUGCGCAAGUCGCGGAAGGCAGCAGAAGCUCCUGUUCCUGAAGGCAAGCCAGCACCUGGGCCUCUCAACGGCGUCAUGAACGUACCAGGUGACUACCCUGUGGAUUUUGGCACAGAACAAAAGCACUACUGGGAGCUGGUUUGCGAUAAGCUGCAUGCGGUCCAGGAAGUCAGGAAUCUACAGCAAAACAAGGAGGCUACCCCGGAAGACUAUCAGCAAGCGGAGCAAGGCCUGCUGCAAGCAAAAACAAGAAUAUACCAGGCUGAAGUGCGGUUUGCGGAACAGGCGUCUGUAUCAUGA